AUGGCUAAACGGAAUACUCGGAGAAGUCGUGGACAAUCUUUUGUGCAUUUUAUACGGAAGCAUCUGCUUGUUAUCCUCAUGAUGACUUCGAUGCUGUUCGGAAUCGGACUUGGCUGUCUAUUAAGACUCUCGUGGUCACAUUUUGAAAAAAGGAAAAUUUUCUACCUGAAGUUUCCAGGAGACAUAAUGCUAAACACUCUACAGAUGCUAUCUGUUCCUCUUGUCGUCUCCAGUAUUAUUUCGUCUCUAGCCUCGCUCUCGAUGAGGACUUCCGGUAGUAUUGGACUGAAGGCACUUGUGUACUAUCUUCUUACCACGGUGUGUGCUGUUAUAACUGGUACUGUGGGUAUAACUAUUGUAUCUAGUGGCACGGAAGCAACAUCGGAAGCAAGAGAACUGUCCAAGGGCAUCAGCCAAUUAGAUUCACUGCUAGAUAUGAUGAGAAAUGCUUUUCCAGCGAAUCUUGUGGGAGCGACAAUUUCAAAGCAACAAUCAAUGCUUGUCACACACAGUGUAGAGAUCGUCGAUGACACAAGGUCAAACCACUCGAACGUAACUGGAGGAAACAUGUCAAGAAACUUUACUAUUGACGUACCAACUGUCACUACCGUUGCCGGGACCAACAUGCUCGGAUUAAUUGUGGUCUCUAUCUGUGUCGGCUGUGUACUGUCUAAAAUGGAAGACAAGGCCAAACCUCUGGUAGACUUCUUUCAGUGCCUGUACCAAGUCAUGAUACGGUUAAUCAUGAUAUUUAUAUGGUUUACCCCUGUUGGACUAAUGUUCCUGGUAGCUACAGCUGUAGUACAGAUAGAGCGACCAAUGGCAGUUCUGAAAGAACUAUCUAUCUUCAUUCCAGCUGUGAUAAUUUGUCUUUUGUUGCAUGGCUUUGUUACGAUACCGACUGCGUAUUUCUUGAUGGUCAGAAAAAAUCCUUAUACAUUCAUUAACAACAUGUCCAAGGCACUCGUGACUGCUUUCGGAUCAUCCUCGAGUGCGGCAGCUCUGCCCUUCACAAUGGACUGUCUGAUAAACAAGAACAGGGUCAACAGUCGUGUCGUUAACUUCAUUGCUCCGAUAGGGGCCACCAUCAACAUGGACGGAACAGCUCUGUAUAUUCCAAUGCUGAUCAUUUUUAUUUCCAAUCGUCUAGGACUGGUUUUAGAUCCCGCCCGCUAUGUUGUUAUUGGAAUGUCGGCCAUCGGGAUGUCAGUAGGGGCAGCUGCCAUUCCAGCGGCAGGUUUCAUGUUUAUGACAGUGGCUGCCCUGGCGGUUGGACUUCCUAUCGAACAAGUCCUUCUUACUGCCCCUGUCGACUGGAUUUUUGAAAGAUUUCGGACGAUGGUAAACGUCUUAGGAGAUUCGUUUGGAGCCGGCAUUGUUGAUCAUUUGAGUUCUUCAGUACAAUCACCCGAUUGUGUAGAAAUGACGCACAGUGCAUCAAAUAGUCAGGAGGAGGAUGAGAAAGACAAUCUAGUUUGA